AAAUUAUUUUGAACAAACUCUGUUAAAAGUAAUGUCAUCAAUCUUGCUAUUUAAUGGAACUGAUUGUUAGUGAGUAUUCUCAUGAUUCCGAUUAAUAUAUCAUCAUUUCAUGCCAUUGUUCAUAGUUCGUUGCCUUAAUGUUCCUGUUAGCUGUGUUUAGUUUUCAAUGAUACUUUGAAUGAUUUAAGCAUAUAAUCUUUGCACUGAAUUUCAGAUGUAAUCAUUUACAAUUGAAAUUCAACUUUCAUUUGACGACUUACCCAACUUUAGCUUGAGUUCAUAUUCUUACUACAAGGUCAAAUAACUUGAAUUUCUAACAUCUCAAUAUCUAGUUUAGAUUGUUCAUUUUGACGUGUCAAUUCAGCUGAAAUCAACAUCGACCAAGAAAAAUGGUAGCCAAUCAUCAUUUGAUCAAAUCUUUAAGCUGCCACUCAAGUUUAUCACCUGGAAAAGCCGCGAAAAUAAUAUCAACUCGCUCAUUUACGUCUCCAAACACGGUAUGUCAAGCAAAACCUUAUAACCAAAUUCCCGGUCCUAAGCCCAUGCCCUUAAUAGGGAAUACUUGGCGUUAUUUACCUUAUAUCGGCGAAUAUGAUAUUGAAAAAACGCCAGAAAAUUGUGAGGCCAAUUUAAAGAAAUAUGGUCCAUUGGUUCGAGAAGUACUUUUUGGAAAAUUCAGUAUCCUUCAUGUCUUUGAUCCUUCUGACAUGGACUCGGUUUUUCGCAAUGAAGGAAAAUAUCCUUAUCGUCGUUCACACCGAGCACUUUGCAAAUACCGUCAUGAUAGACCUCAUAUUUAUUCAUCUGGUGGAAUGUUCACAGAAAAUGGAGAUGCUUGGUAUCGAUCUAGGAAGCUUGUGCAGUCGAUGCUACUCAAUCAAUCCCAGAUAAAUCAAUUUAUUCCUGAAAUUAGUUUGACAGCUGACCAAUUAAUAUCUAAUAUACUUGAAAUUAGAAGUCUCUCCGGUUCAGUUGAAAAUUUAAUGCCGCAUCUCUACAGGUGGGCUCUAGAAACCAAUGGACGAGUAUUUGUUGGUCAACAACUUGGAUGUCUGAAUCUCAAUGGAACAAGUGAAAGUGAAGCUUUAUUUGGAGCGAUUCAUGAGACUCAUGAAGCAAUUAUGGCUACUGAAUUGGCAGCAACUAACCUGUGGCAAUAUUUUCCAACCUCUGACUAUAAAAGGUUGGUUAAAUCACAGGAUGUCAUGGGUGAUAUAAUAUCUAAAUUCAUCGAAAACAUUGAUCACAAUUCAACUUCUAUUCAUGGAGCCAAAUCUAUUGUGUCUCAAUUGUUUAAUCAACCCGAAGCUACAAAAAAAGAUAUUUUUACAAUAAUAAUGGAUUUGUUCUUGGCUGCUUUCGAUACAACCUCUUUUGUCGUCGCUUUUGCUCUCUAUCAUCUUUCAUGUAACCAGAAAUGUCAAGAUCAAGUUCGCAAAGAAUUAUUUGAAAUAUUCCCGAGUGGCAAAGAACCUAUUUCCGUUGAAAGUCUUCAGCAAAUGAAAUAUUUAAAGGCCUGUGUUAAAGAAUCAAUGAGAAUAAAUCCCUUUUCAAUUGGAACUGGAAGAGUUACAACUCGAGAUAUGACAAUCAGAGGUUUUCAUAUACCAACUGGAACCAUGAUAAUUGUUCAAAAUCAAGUGGCUUGUAUGCAGGAAUCAAACUUUCCUCGACCUAAUGAGUUUAUCCCUGAAAGGUGGUUAACUUUGGAACGAGGAAACUGGCCAAAAGCGUCACCAUUUGCUAUGCUUCCUUUCGGUUAUGGAGCUAGAAUGUGUAUAGGAAGACGUUUAUCUGAAUUAGAACUUUACAUUUUAAUUGCCAAAAUUUUAAGGAAUUUUCGCGUUGAAUUUGAUCAUGAUGAGCCAUUCCGAGCUAAAACUCGUUUCAUUAACGUUCCAGUUGGUCCUUUAAAGUUACGAUUUAUUGACAUUUCAAACUAACUUUAUGAAGUUUACAUUUUAAUUUUUUUACUUGAAUAAUCUUUGAAUUUUGAAAUUAUCUUUUGCUGAUAUUUUUAUCGUAAUCUUUUUUUUAUUAAAAGGAUGAUUUUUUAUUUGA